GAGCGGGAAGCGUCGCCAUGCACUUCGGAGACGGUGCCGGCGGAUCCCCCGCUUGGGGAGCGCCGUCGUCCGCCUGGAACGCGAGCGAGGCGGAGGAAUCGGGCGCCAGCGCAGAGCCUCCCCGGUCCGGCGGCGGCGCCAACGGGAGUAACAGCAACCGCUACGGGCGGGACGAGGAGCUGGCCAAGCUGGAGAUCGCCGUGCUGGCCUCGACGUUCGCCUUGGCGGUGCUGGGCAACUCCUUUGUGCUGCUGGCGCUGCACCGGACCCCUCGCCAGAAGGCGUCACGCAUGCACCUCUUCAUCCGGCACCUGAGCCUGGCCGACCUGGCGGUGGCUUUCUUCCAGAUCCUGCCGCAGCUGUGCUGGGACGUGACGCACCGCUUCCACGGGCCCGACGGGCUGUGCCGCGUGGUGAAGCACCUGCAGGUGUUCGGCAUGUUCGCGUCGGCCUACAUGCUGGUGGUGAUGACGGCCGACCGCUACAUCGCCGUGUGCCACCCGCUCAAGACGCUGCAGCAGCCCAGCAAGCGCUCCCGCUGCAUGAUCGCGGCCGCCUGGGCGCUCAGCUUCGUGCUCAGCCUGCCGCAGUACUUCAUCUUCUCGCUGCGCGAGGUGGAGAGCGGCUCCCAAGUCUACGACUGCUGGGCGCAGUUCGUCAUGCCCUGGGGACCGCGCGCCUACAUCACCUGGAUCACGGGCAGCAUCUUCGUGGCGCCCGUCGUCAUCCUGGUCACCUGCUACGGCUUCAUCUGCUACCACAUCUGGAGCAACGUCCGCGACAAGACCCGACGGCGACAGAGGCGGGAGACGGCUCCUCCGCGAGGGGGCGCCCUGCGCAAGGGGCUGCUCCUCACGCCCUGUGUCAGCAGCAUCAAGAACGUCUCCCGCGCCAAGAUCCGCACGGUCAAAAUGACCUUCGUGAUCGUCUCGGCUUACAUCGUCUGCUGGGCGCCAUUCUUCACCGUCCAGAUGCGCUCCGUCUGGGAAGACCACUCCAACUGGCAUGAGUCAGAGGACAUUUUAAUUACCGUCACUGCCCUAUUGGCCUGCUUGAACAGUUGCUGCAACCCAUGGAUCUACAUGUUUUUUAGUGGGCACCUCUUGCACGACUUCAUACGGAGCCUCCUGUGCUGUCAGAAAACUGGGCAGAAGCUGAAUAAAGAAGAUUCUGAGAGCAUCAGCAGAAGACAUACUUCUUUCACCAUCAACAGAAGCCCGACAAACAGUUUGGAUAUGUGCAGAAAACCUCCAGAUUUAUCACAGUCCAUUAGGUCCAUCCCCAUUACAUCCUGAAGCGUAUAUUUAAAAACUGGUGUCCCACUGAGUUCCAU